AUGGAAUCAAUACAGACACAGAAACAGACAAAUACCUUGGGCUCUUUAGAAGACCAGCAUCAAGUUAAAGGCAUCCUCAAAAAGAACACAAAUGCUCAACAGCAACCGAUUGACGAAAACGCUCCGAGGUUAAAGUGGGAUGAAGAAAGUCUUGCUCUCACUGAGGCGCAAAAGGAUUCAACCAUGAAGAUUGAUGAACCCAAGACGCCUUAUGUAUACUAUAAUCAAGAGCUUGACAAGGACCUAGACACUGAUGAGGCAUUUUCGCUUGAUGGACAAAAGAAACAUCAAGCUGCAUUGGCUCACACGCCCCCUGUGCCUUCAUAUCUCCCUGGACUAGAUGAUGACGAUGAUGACGAUGAUGACGAUGAUGGUGAUGAGGACGAGGACAGGGAUGGACGAGAUCCUGAUGAAUGGCAGGAUUCGGAAGAAGAAGGAAGCAAAGCCGAACAUGGCAAGUUUACCAAGUUGCGUGCAGAGCAUUAUAAUAUGAGGGAGGCACUCAAACUAGGGCACGAUUUGGUUGAUGAUGAUGAUGAAGAAGAAGAAGAAGAAGAAGAAGAAGAGGAAACAAGAGCAAGAAGAGGAUGA